AUGAGCGGUCGGUGGCCACACCACGCACACCAGUGGAAUAUUGUACCGCAGACCGUGCCACUGGGACUGAACCUGAACUUCACGGCCAUGCCGGCGAAGCUGAAACAGGCCGGCUACGCCACGCACAUGGUGGGAAAGUGGCACCUGGGACUGAAGAGCGAGGAGUACCUGCCGGUGUCGCGCGGCUUCGACACGAUGACGGGCUUCCUGACCGGCGGCGAGGACCACGUCACGCAGCGCAUCCAGUGCGGCACGGACUUCUGGACGGACCGGGCGCCGGACACGCGCAAUGGCACGUACGACGCGCUCACCUACUGCAGCGUUCUGGAGGAGAUGUUCAGCUCGCACAGCGCGGACACACCGCUGUUCCUGUACCUGGCGCUGCACAACGUGCACACGCCGCUUCAGGCGCCGCAGGACUUUGUCGACAAGUACGCGGCGAACUCGACGUGCACGCAGCGUCGCAUGUACCAGGCCAUGGUGAGCGUGGCGGACAACGUCACCGCGCUGGUCGUGCAGCGCCUGAAGGAGAAGGGCAUGUGGAACAAUACGCUGCUGGUGGUGUCUUCCGACAACGGCGCCGCUCCGUGUUCGGGCAGCAACUAUCCGCUGAAAGGGACCAAACUGACCUUCUUCGAGGGUGGCGUGCGCGCCAGUGCGUUCGCGAACGGCGGUCUCCUGCCGGCGAAAAUGUCCGGCACCAAAGUCGAGGGCUACAUCCACAUCGCCGACUGGUACCCAACUUUCUGCAAGCUGGCCGGCGUUGACCCGGAUGAUUCGGGUCCGGGCCGUUUCCCCGUGGACGGGCACGAUGUGUGGCCACUGCUGAGCGGCGAGUCGACGGAGAGCACUCACGAUGACAUCAUCUUGGGAUUUAACUACAGCGACCAUCACCCGCAGCAGGGCGCCAUCAUAGUCGGCGACUACAAGCUCAUUGUCGGCGCACAGAAGUUCUCGGGCAACUGUGACUCGCUGAUGCACCCGCCGAUCGACUACCCGUGCAGCAAGGCCCCGGAGGAAGCGGACUGCGACCCAAUGUGCCUGUACGACAUCCGCUCGGAUCCGCGCGAGACCCACGACCUAUACAAGAGUCAGCCGGCCGUUGUCCAGCAGCUGCUGCACCGCUACAUGCAGUACGCCGACGAGCCGCGGGCCAUGCAAGACCAAGGUUAUCACUCGCGCGCCUCGCUGCCCAACGAGGCCCAUGUGGCGUGCGCGUACUUUGCCAAACACGGCGGCUACUGGCGUCCGUGGCACACCUCCGACAGCGCCGCUCAGCUUGUGUGA